UGCAGUUACCGUGACAAGAGAGAACUUCACAAUUAUGAAUGUUCUGAAAAUAAUUUUAGUACGUGACUUUACAGAAAGUAGUACUGCAUUUUUAUCUAGUUUGGAAAAUGGAGAAAUGAUGAAAAUGUCGGAGGAAACGAAUAACAUUGAUAGAAUUGGCGACUACAAAUUGUACGAGUAUUCUUGCAACACAUUGUCAGGAACUAUCAUAUUCACACCGGAAGGCGACGACGAGCGUGCCAUUGUGGAGCACUUUCGUCGCGAUGAUACACCGUACGCUUCUCUUCCAGUGUCAGUUCUUGACGAAAACAAAAGUCACAGAAGUUCUAUCAGUUCAUUCAGCGAUAUGAAGUUUCUUCAUCACGUCCUUGGUAUAAUCAUCAGAGCAACAGGAACAAUAAAUAAAAGGUUAAGGAUAUACCUCGCAGCUCGCAAUGAGUCAACCCUAGAAGCAGGCAACAAGCUUAUAAAGGGCGUUGUUGAUGGCCUGGAACUUGACAUAGAGCCAUUCCACGCGCCAUCAAGACGUCACGAAGAACUCCUGAGAGAGAAGCUCAGUACCAACUGGCCCUGCAAAGUCUUAUGCUGUGUCGACAAAAGUGCAAGAAACAUCAUCUUACACGACACGGAAUCCGACGAAGCAAGUCAAAUCGUCCGCCCAGCUGAGGACAUUUGUGGAAAAGAUGGGGUGCUUCUUUUACUCUGUGGUCAUCGCGACAUCGAUGGCAGUGACCUUUACGACAAGAAGCACUUUAGCACAGCUUUCCUGUGCUAUCAACCUAAGCUAAGAGAAAUAGCAGCGAGUGGUCGAUUUCUAAGUAUGGAAAGUAAAUUGAAUGAAAGCCAGAAGAAAGCAGUGUUAGAGUGGAUCCAACGACCGCCAGAUGAUUCAAUGAAGCAGCCCUCAAAUGAAGGCACGGUCCAAUGUCCAACAAAUCAGGAGAUCACUCAAAAUGCUGCACGGAAACAAAGCACUGGUAUCUUCGCAAAUCUUCUUAGCAAAUUUGCAAAUACCGAAAACGUGACUUAAAAUUCUGUCAUAUCACCCACAUUAACUUGACUUGGAUGUACCUCUUUCUUUGCACUAGAACUAAAAGUAUCUAAGAAUGCAUGUUUAUGAAGUUUAACAUCUCAAUCAUCUCCAAUUACAUAGGUGUGUAGAUCUAAUAGUAUACCAGCUCUCGUGUGACAAAAUACUUAUUUUUACCUUCGCACUGUACAACGUGAAAAGGUUGUCCUAUUUCAUUAUUACUGAUGAAGUUUAAGGUGAGAUUAAUUUAAUCAAUCUCCUUCAACUUUUGAAUAUUUGACCAACAUGAUUUAUGGCGAUGGUGACAUAGCCGAAGUUUGACUUUAUAAAUAACUUGUCCUUCCAUGUUUAUGUGGACAUGAUGUGCAAAACUGGCACAACUAUUAUAAACUAUAAUCAAUGAAUUGGUCUUACAUAUUGAAAAACCUCGACACAUAGGUAGGAUAAUAGAUUAAUUUAUCAAUAAUUUAUUUGCCUUGAGGUCUCUCGAGGAAAAAAGAGAGAAAAAUGAUGAGAAAUUUAUCAUUUAUGUCUGAGACCUGUAUAUAGCACAUUAAAAUGUGUUCAAAUGCUACGCCCUAAAAUUAAUACGUUGAGAAGGAGUUAUGCCCAGUGCGCUGCCACCUUAGAUUGUUCAUGUAUAGUGACUUUGUUAUCGGAAAGUAAUAUUCAUAUCUAGUAUAUUCAAUUGCAAGAACAUCUCGACUUGACAGGAAAUGCAAGGAGUUAGAAUACAUCUUUCACAUAAGAAACGACAGAGAGGCGAAUUGCGUGGCACCUAAACUGGUAGCUAGCUAUAGAUUAGUUUACCUAGAAAUGAACAACUGUUUUGUUUAUUUCACU